UAAAUCGAUCGACAUAGCAAAAAUUUGGAAAAUUUUUACUUCCUUAAAUUAUAUCAUUUUUUCUUUUCUUUUCUAUCUCAAUCUUAUUUUUUUUCUUAUCCGGACGUUCAUGACGAAAAUGUUUAUAACAUUGCCAUAAGUUUACAAGAAAAAGAAGUAAAAAAACAUUUGUAUCGUGACCCUAUCGCAAUAUUUGUAAUUCAUAAUUGUAUGCAAAUAAAAAAAAAAUAUAUUUAAUCUUACGAGCCUCACGAAGCAUAUAAAUUAUUUAUAGAAAGUGACACCGUUGAAUAUGAUAAAUGAUAUUAGAUGCAAUUUGUUCAUUGGACGUUCCAAUAUCGACUUAAUCAAAAGUUUGAUUUCGCUAAGUCAUUUCGAAGGAAUGUUAAUGAAAUGAAUAAAGUAAAGAGGAUAUUAAGAUCGUCUAUAAGAUUAUUUAGAUACAGGACGAUAAUUUAUAUAAGAGACUAGUCACUCUCUUUUAAUUUAAAUGCGUAAAAAGAUCUUAAAGGGGAAAACCGAGAUGCGAACUGCAACGAUGCAUACAUUGCUUUUACGUCGUGAAAAGAUUUCAUCUAUAUAUUCGAUAUGUACAUGACGAAUAUUCACAAACCCGCAGUGUUAAUCGAGUCGUGAAAAAAGUGCAAACAUUCGAACGAUGAUGUGCUCCUCCCUCCAAAAGAUACAUUUUCAUUGUUUAUCUGACUUAUAUAAGUAAGCUUCACAGAAAAGAAGGAGAAUCGUUGACCCUAUCUUUGCAACCAAGUAAAUAUAUUCGAGAACUCAUGUUUAAAUUUUCGAUUCUCGAUGUUAUCGAUCGAACAGCCAUCUUGUCAACACCAUCUAUCGACGGAAUAUUAAAACUAAUUAUAAGAUCAAACCACUGCUUGACCAUACUUGUCAUAACUUGUCAACACUGAUCAUAACCUUACUGCAUUUAAUGCAGUUUUUCGGAAAUGCAUUACAACAUGCCAAGGCAUAUAGAGAUUGGUAUUAUACCUAAUAAUUUGAGACAUGAAGAAACAAUAGUUCAAAUAACUGAAGCAUUAGACAAUUUAGAUUCUGCUGUAUUGUAUAUAUUUAAUUGCAUAGAUAAAAGGCUUACUGAAAAUUCUCAAAGACUUUCAGAUAUAAAACAUAGAGCUCUGAAGUUGGAAAAUCAGUUACGAUACUUGCAAUCUAAUUUAAAUUUAAAAGCUAUUAAAAUAUAUUCUGCUGCAAAAUAUCCUGCCAGUCAUACAUACAAUGAAUAUAAAGUGGCUAUACCAUUGCAACGUGAUAAUAUUAGUAAUAUACCAAGUAUUUACAAAUGUUCUGUACCGAUAAAAGACACACAUGAAACACAUCUACCUUCUAAUUUCAAAACGGAAGAUGGCCAGUAUUCAAUGAAUGUUAAUCUGCAAGAAAAGUUACAAUUUUACUAUGUUAGACAUAAAACAAAUGAACAAAUAGAAAAUGAUAUAAAUACACGUCAAUAUGUACCAUCUUUACCUUCGUCUGUCAGUGCUCUUCUACUAUUUGAUAAUGUAAAUACUACAUAUAGAAAAACUUUAUCAUCUAAUAAGUCUAAUGAUAAAAAACAAAUUGAAGAUGCACCCGAUUCAAUUGUGCAAUCGUGGCAUUCAUCAGAAAUGGAUUUGCCAUCUGGUUACCUUUAUACACCUAUGCUUGGAGAGGUUCCACAAAUGAAUGUACCACUUAUGCUACCAGAUUUACCAGGAAUUGUAGAUAAUGAAAAAUUUGACUUAGAUUUGAAUUCACAAAGUCCUAUUGCUCCCUCUUCGGCUGUUGUUACUCCUACGGUUCGAUUAGAUUUACCACCUUUGACUGAAGAAGGUGAUUCGCAAACUACAAUUGAAUCUAAUGUUUCAAAUCUGCCCAAUUUAUCUGCAAACAAUUCAUCAGUCUGUAUUGAAUCUAAAUCAUCAACAGUAAAUGCAACUAUUUCGUCAAUUGGAAAUAAUGUUGGACAGAAUGAAACAAACUUUAAGGCAACACAACCUCCAUCAACUAUGCCACCACCACCACCACCACCACCACCAUCGACUGCUGCACCACCACCGCCUCCACCACCACCACCACCUCCUCCUCCUCCUCCACCACCUCCUCCUCCUCCUCCAUUUUCAACAUUACCAUCUACAUCAUCAACAGAGAAACAAUCUCAAGAUGAAAGUUUACAAAAACAGAAUGAAAAAAGAUCUCAGUCUAAUAUAAAAAAUAUUAAUACCGAUGAUCGAUCAAAUUUAAUGGCAGCAAUACGUGAUGCGGGUGGUAUUGGAAGAGCAAAAUUGAGACCUACAGUGCCAAUUGAUAAAAAAGAAAAUCGUUGGUCAUCGGCUUCGGUAGGCGGAGAUCUAAUGGCAGAUCUUCAUGCAAAAUUAGCUUUAAGAAGAAAAGGUAUUGCUGGCUCUGCAACAGGGGCAUUAGAGAGAAUGUCAAGUUCAAUACCACCACCGCCGCCUAAGUCAAGUGAACACUAUGCAUCCGAUAGAAAUUCUGCUACGAGUGAAUAUGAUUCUCAAGCUGACACCGAUGACUGGGAGGAGUAAUUGAACGAUACAGUGUAUGGGACAAAUAAUAGAUAUUGGUGAUAUUUGGGAAACACAAUGUCCUCAAGGAUGUUCUUGUGAAAUAGAAAAAUUUUCUGAUCUGCCACUACAUCAAUGGACUAUUCCAAGAAAGUGGAGUAAUGUAAGAAGUAAAUCUGUGAAGUGUUUUUCUUUUUCCAUUAAUAAAUUUCUAUUUAACAGACCCCAACAGUGGAUGAAAAUGAUUUUAGCUCUGAUAACGAUCACAUAGGUGAUGAAUUAUUAAAAGUUGCAACAUGUGUAGUAGCAGAAGAACAUGAAAAGCUUUUAAGCAUGCUUCCUUCGGAUAUACAGGUAAUGUUUAAUCAGUAUCGCUUAUACAAAUAUUGAAUUGACAAUUAUAUAAUGUAAUGAUAGAAGCAUCAUGUAAUGCGUUAUUCUAUUAAUUUGUUGUUUGUAAAAAAAAACUAAUGAAAAAGAAAAAGUAUUCUUUUUUUUUGUUUCUUUUUUUUUUCUUUUUUUUUUUUAUAAUUACAGGUUCUCACAAUACUUAGGUCAGGUAGAGGAGAUGCUGAAAUUUUUUUCAAAGCUACAACAUUUCAACGUUUUUCUGAAUUACUAUCUUUAAGUAUUGAGGGUAUAGAUUAUAAUGACCCUUCUGUAAA